UUGUCAUGGGAGCAGGUAUUACCUGUUUAGCGAGCUUCGACUUGGAAUGAUUUUCCAGCCGUUUAAACUGCUGUCCCGGAAGGCUGACAACAACUUUAUUCAAAAAACUUGUUCUGAGAUCUGAGGGUUUCACACCUGAUCCAAGUGAAGGGCAGUGCCGGAAAUAAUACCUUAGAAAAAACAGAAGGAAAGAUUUGAUGGUGUCUAACCUUGUAGUAUUGGCUGGUCAGCAAAAUGGAGUUUGCCAGUAAUCAUAUUUACAUUGAUAGUCCUGCCAACACAGGGCAGCUACAACAAGCUGUUUAUUAUAGAAACCACCCAAUGGAGACUGUAAGGAACACCACCCACAAUGAAAAGCCAUUGGCCCAUGUCUAUGACCCAGUGAUGGACUGCAACCCAGCAUAUGAGGCAAACAAACCCAGCACUGCCUCUGUCAUUGACCGUGUGGAAAGUGAAGGACCCACAUAUGACAAUUGGAACCCAGCAAUUGCUGCUGCCUCUGGUGACACUGGACUCUGUGACCAAGCAUCCAGUUCAGCUCCAAGCAAAAUCACAGCAGCCGAACCAGUGUAUGAUGUGGCAGAAGGUUCGAGCAAUUACUAUGGAAAUGGGAGGAUUUCUGGCUGUCAAACUCCCCAGCACCUGGCCAAUCCUUCACAUGCCCAGCAUCGUUUUGGCGACAAUACCCAUAGCACACCCCCUCCACUCCCACCUCGACCAAGGAAUUUGAAAAAAGUGCCUGAGUAUGUGCAACUGCUGGAUUUACCUCCCAUUAAAGGGCCUGGACACUGGACUUUGCCAAUUUCCCACCGUCAUCACAAGGUGCCUCCAGACUCUCUGCCCCCUCCUUUGCCGGAUAGAACCUUUCCGAAAUCAGAAAAGGAAGAAUUGAAGGGAAAUAUCAAUGUGGUGUUAGUGAACCUGGGAAAGCUAGUGGACAUCAAGAAUGUGAAGCCACAGAAGUGUACUCCAGUAUACUGCCAGAAUUGUUCAGCAGCUAUCUCCACUCUCAGUAAAGUAGAGAAUUUGCAUGCUGUGACGUGGACGUGUGAAUUUUGCAACAACAAGAAUGUUCAGGAUUAUCGCUCAAACGAACCAUGCUUUAGAGAUGAUCAGAUUUACCUUCAUAUCCCUAACCCUAUAACCUCUGACGAUAUUGAUGAUUCCCUGGUUGUGUUCUGUGUUGAUAUCUCUGGCAGCAUGAGUGUAACAUUUGAGAUGAAUAGAAGCAGCAAAUCGCUCUAUAUGACCCGCUUGCAGGCUGUACAAGAGGCUAUAAUCCAGUCGCUCGAUUAUCUUUUUGAAACAUCACCUCGGACAAGAGUCGCUUUGGUUACCUUCAACAAUGAGGUAACAAUCUAUGGAGAUGGACUGUCUCCCCCAUGGACUCUGCAUGACUUUGAGUUAAUUGAUCAAAAUUACCUGAAAAAGCAGGGUGUCGAGGCAGCACAACCACAUUGUAUUUUGGAGAGCAGGGAUGCACUAUAUCGCCGCGUACACCAGUUGCAAGAGUGUGGUGCAACAGCACUGGGUCCAGCAGCACUGGUAUCUAUAGCAAUGGCUUCCCAGAAACCAGGCUCCAAGGUUAUAAUCUGUACGGAUGGUCGAGCUAACACCAUCUUGGGAAAUCUGGAGAACAUCAAAGAUGAUAAGAUUUAUCAAUCCUCGAAGCUUUUCUACAGUCACCUUGCUGAAUAUGCAAUGAUGCAGGGGGUGAUCAUCUCUGUACUGACUAUUGAAGGUACCGACUGCAGAUUACCAGAACUCGGACAACUGGCAGAUAAAACUGGAGGAAAGGUGAACAUCACCAACCCAGCAAAUUUAUACAAUGAAUUUCAGCUAAUUUUAGAAGAUGAUGUAAUUGCUACAAAUGUCACUGUCACCUUCAUUGUUCAUGACAGCCUGUACUUUAAAUAUGAAGAUGACAUGAGCAGUAAAAGUGUGAAACACGUUGGAAACGUGGUUAGAGACAUGGAGAUCACCUUUGAAUUUGGAAUAAAAGAUUCAAAGCUUGAGCAAAUUCAAGAGAAGACCGCUCUUCCCUUUCAAGUUCAAAUUGGCUUCAGGCUCCCUGAUGGUCAAUGUGUCCACAGAAUUAUCACUCAGGAGCAGCCAACAACGAAACACAGUGCCAUUGCUAAGGACCAUAUAAACCUCAGUGUUCUACAGAUCCAUGCUGCACAGAUUAGUGCUCGGUUGGCAAUGGAGGGCAGGAUGCAGGACGCCCAGAAAGAGGCUCUGGCUCAGAAGGCACUCAUAGAAGAAAUACUAGCCAGAAAGAAUGAUAUGGAGCAAGGAGCGAUUUACGAGAGUUGGAUGCAAUCCAUGUCCCCUAUUUAUAGUGCCCUCAAUUGCAAAACUCAGGAUGCAGUAACAGCACAACCUUUGUAUGAGGCAUUAAGUUCCAAGCGCAAUAGUGAAUCUGUUGUUAAGUCUUUUACAGAUGACAUUGCUAAUGUGGCUUUUCGGCUCAAGGCUGCAAAGAAAAAAAUGUUCAAGAAGCCGAAGUUCAUGGUGCCCCUGUGAUAUUCCAAGGCAUGUUGAUGGCUCGAAAAGGCUGCUGACUUCCUCCAAAUGGCACCAUUUCAAUUUCACUGGUUCAAGAAGAAAAACAUUCGCCAUUUUUUCAAGGGUACAACAGAAGAGCAAGAAAUGCCAACCUUGCAAAUAAACUUUAUAACCUAUAGAUUGAAUUAUAUUUUUAAAGAAAUGACUGAUUAUUUGCUGAACAAUACCUAUAACAUUCUUGUCCAUUGUUAGUAAAACAUUGUUCAGAUUACCUUUAAGUUAUUACUCCUAAAACAAGCUCCUUUUGAACAGUCAAGUGUUUAGAGUGAAUUUUAAUUAUUGAAUUGCUUCUUUUUGAUGUUGUUAUUCAAUGUGAUUUGUUCAACUUUUCAACAUAGGACUACAAAUUAUACUUAACCCAGAAACUAUGGCAGACAUUUCCAGUCUGUACCCCUGACUUUUCAAUUGCCUAUAAAAUCUGCUGCAACAUUUUAAUGAGUUAGAUCUAUGUUAGAAAUAUGACCUCGAGUACAGUUCUGAAGAUGUUAGAGUGAUUGAUCUGCUUUACAUUUUCCCUUUAUUUGUCUCCUUUUAUUAUUCUUUUCAACAUGGAUCCCUUUCCCUUGUCUUGCUUAAUUUUUCACUCAGUCCUUGUCAAUGAAGAUCAGUUGUCAUUACUUGUAGAGUCGUAGAGUCAUAGAGUCCUACAGCACGGAGACAGGCCAUUUGGCCCACAUUGGUCCAUACUGACCAAAAUCUGUGCUAACCCCAUUUCCCUGCACUUGGCCCAUAUCCUUCUAAUCCUUUCCUAUCCAUGUAUUUGUCCAAAUGCCUUUUAAAUGUUGUUAAUGUACCCGCCUCAAAUGUUUCCACUGGCAGCUCAUUUCCAUAUGCCUACCACUCUCGAUAAAAACGUUGCCCCUCAGGUUCCCUUUUAUUGUUUCCCUCUAAUCUUAAUCUAAUGUGUUCUAGUCCUCGAUUCCUCACCCCUGGGAAAAAGACUGAGUGCAUUCACCCUAUCUAUCCCUCUCAUGAUCUUAUAGACUUCUAUAAGAUCCCUCUCCCCCAGUCUCCUACGCUGUAAAGUAAAACUCUUCCUACAACUCAGACCAGUGAGUCCUGGCAACAUCCUUGCAAAUUUUUUCUGCACCCUUUCCACUUUAAUAAAAUCCUUCCGAGAGCAAGGUGACCAAAACUAUUUGUGGUCACCUUUUGGUCACUUGUGAUUUGCAAGUAUUAUCUUUAUAGUUCUUGAAAUAUGUUUUCACCUGAGCAAUUGGCACCAAAACAAUUUUACACUGAAUAUAUUAAUGCUAAGUAAUAAUUAACCCUGAAAUGGCUUUGACUUUGUGGCGAUGGUGCUUUAAUAUUGUUUAUAGUGUCAAGUUACUGUCUCAUAGUGGCAUUGACAAGAUAUUGCAUUUCACUGUAGCUCAGUGGAUAGUGCAUUUAACUCUGGAAGAUUGAGUAUGGAGCGUAGGCUGGCACUCUUUCGAUCAGUGAAGGAUGUUGCAUUGCCUGAGUUAUCAUCUUUCAAAUGAUAAACUAAGAUGUCAUCUGUCUUUUCAAGUGCACUGUUUAAAAUGUCAUAGAGUUCUACUUGUGCCUGUCAAAGUCUGACUAUUCUAAUACUAUUAUCCUGCACUUGGCCCAAUGCCUUACUUGCCUUAGCAUCAUAAAUACACACCUAAAUAUUCCUUAAAUGUUUUGAGAGUUUCAGGCUCUACCGCCUUCAUAGGUAAUGAGUUCUUGAUUCCCAUCAUCUUCAACAGAGAAAGCUUUCAGACACAAAAAUGCCCUUAAUCAUUGCCCUCUGCUUCUUGCCACUCGUCCAAAUCAAGACCUAAUUUUCCAAUUUUCCUUGAAUCUCUUGGGCUCUUUGCUAACAAUCUCCCAUGUUCAAUCUUGUUAUAAAUCUUGCUGAAGUUCAAAUAUACUAGGCCCAAUGCAUUACUUCUAUCAGCACACUUCUCAAUUCCUUGAAAAGUUAAAUCAAGUUGGCCAAACAUGACCUCCCCUUUACCAGACCAUUCUGAUUAUUCUUGAUUAGUUCUUACUACUCCAAGUGCAGAUUAAUUCUAUGUCUCAGAAUUGCAUCCAAUAAUUUCCCACCACUGAGGUUAGUCUGACAGACCUAUAGUUUCCUGGUUUAACGGUUGUUCUCUUCUUGAAUAAGCAAGUUGGGUGAUGAACACACAAACACAAUGGUAGCUCCCAUGACCAGUCAGCAGUGAAGAUACGGGAGAGAUAAUAUACAAAGCUGCAAGAUUUAUGUAAUACUUGAUGGAAAAGAAGUAAACUAAACUACCACUAACUCUCUAAAGCAAGAAAUCAAACCAAGCACAGCCAAUGCCAGCCCUAGAGAACAAUCGUCACAGAAGUGACCAGCCCUGGUGUUGCUGCCUGGAGAUUAGACAGCCCUUUUUUGAGAAUUCUGGACAGAUUCCCCAUUCACAGGAAUACUCCAGUUGGGUUGUGAGCAUGAUGCUUUUACUUUGCUUGAUUUGUACAAGUAGCUGAAGUUCUGUUUGUUAUUCAGUUGUAGUCAGAAUAAAGGAUGAUUGAGUGAGCUAA